CUGUCGUUACACAGACGCGGCUGGUCCCAGAACCACACUGCGGGGACAAGUGGACCAGGGCCGACAGCCUGGUACACCGGGCCAGCAGGCAUAUCUGUCGUUACACAGACGCGGCUGGUCCCAGAACCACACUGCGGGGACAAGUGGACCAGGGCCGACAGCCUGCAUUUUCUCGUUGUCACAAUUACCAGGUGACUCCCUCCCGUUCCUGUCUCGUCCCGUACCCUCACUGGGCAGGAGGACUCUGUCUUGGCCUGGGAGCCAGAGGUGAAGCCGAACCUUCUCGCCCAAUCCUGAAGGUGCAGACUGUGGAGCUGCGAGGAAGACCCACAGAGAGGCAGAGGCGCCAUGGGCCCAGAGGACAAAAUCUCCAUCACCGACAUCGUCAGGUAUUUCCAGGACGGCGUGAGCAGAGAGGACCUGCAGCUCCUGCUGACCGAAGACAAAGCCUGGCAGAUAUUCAUGAAGGCGGCUGAGUUGUCCGGGGAUGAGGCACAGUCGCUACGUGAUGCUCUGACGGAGUUUAUGAUGGACGUGGACAUGGACGAGGAGGACGUGGACAUGGACGAGGAGGACAAAGCUGCGCUCCAGAAGCACCUGCGGGAUCGGGAGAGGUUUCUGAAGGAGUUUCCUCAGGCGAAAGCCGAGCUGGAGGAGUGCAUAGCAAAGCUGCACGCUCUUGCGGAUAAGGUUGACCAGGUGCACCGGGACUGCACCAUCUCCAACGUGGUGGCCACCAGUGCCGGCGCUGUCUCUGGCAUCCUGACCAUCGUUGGCCUGGCUCUGGCCCCUGUGACAGUAGGGGCCAGUCUGGCGCUCACAGCAACGGGCUUGGGGCUGGGGACAGCAGCUGCGGUGACCGGUGUUUCCACCAGCAUUGUGGAGCACGCUACCACCGUCUCAGCCGAAGCCGAAGCCGGCUGCCUGACGUCAACCAACAUCAAGAAUAUGGAGAAGGUGGCCGAGGCCGUGGGUCAGAACGUGCCCAAAGUCAUUGCCUUAACCAAGUCUUGCGUCCAAGUCCUGCAAGACAUCGGGAAGAAUGUCCAUGCCAUCAAGAUAGCCCAGACCAACUCCCGCUUAGUGACCAGCGCCAAGAGCCUCAUGACCACUGGGAAAAUCUCAGCGCGGAGCAGCAGGCAGGUCCAGAGAGCCUUUGGCGGCACCGCACUGGCAAUGAGCAGGGGAGCCCGCGUGAUGGGUUUCGCCACUGCAGGCAUCGGCCUUCUGGUGGACGUGGUCAUCCUUGUGAAAGAGUCGCAGCACCUGCACGAGGGGGCCAAGUCCAAGUCGGCUGAGGAGCUGAGGCAGCGGGCCCAGGAGCUGGCCGAGAAGCUGCAGGAGCUCAUGGAGAUCCACAGGAGCCUGCAGCCGGGCCCGAUUCCGUGACUC